GGGCUAUCACCACGAUGGGGUACUCAACACCCUCGCCGUCGAAGCAAAAUCAGGUCCAGAAGCCGCCCGCGAGCUAUCACCACCAAAGCAGAAGCAACAAAUGUAUAGGAAAAGCCGGGCUCCGCGCCGCAGCAAGGGACGAGUUGGCAGAUAUGCGAGCCCAAGCAAAGAUGGAGGCAAAACCACGACCAGAACACUUCGGGAGUUCGUAAAGUCAACCAAAAACUCUCAGCUGGGCAGCCAACUCCGCCGCGACAUUGAGACCCUUUACGAGCACGGCGGCAUCCGCAUUGGUGGCGUAGAAACCGUGACACCGAUCAGUUUGUCACCGACGAAGACCAAUUUCUUUGCAGUCGUGCCUGCGAGAUUGAAGCCGAGUCUCUUGGGCGCAUUUCGAAAGCAGCUGGAGGCCGCGGGGGGUAAGUCUGAGAUUAUCGCUGCCGAGGUGGGCACUGCGGAACUCGAUGCUGCGGCUAAGCAUUUGCAAUUUCUUGCGAAAGAGAUGGGAGGCCCAGUUCCCCAUCCUGGGCAAGCCCCUACUCCGAAGCCGUAAGCCUGAAAAGCUGGGUACUUCAUUGACCUUCGCGCCAAGAAAGGAUCUAAGUGAGGGAAAGGAAGAAUGCUGCGAGGAGGAUGGAAUAUGUCUCGGAGUCUUCCGGCUUUGCUCUUGUGCAGGUGGAAUAAUAGAGUGACUGCUGGUCGAUCCUUGGCAUGUACAAGUACAUUACAUGUAAGGUUAGAGGUGUGAUCUUAAGCUGGGUGUGUGAUUGAGGGAGGU